GCUUCCGGUGUCAUGGCGGCCUGAGGUCCCGGGAGUCGGUGAGGCGGCUGCAGGCCCCUCCCUGCGGAGCCGCUGGUCCGGCGGGCGGGGAUGUGACCACGGGCCCUGCCAGCCUGCCCCGGGCGUCGUGUCAGCUCCCUCGUCAGCACCUGUGCCCACACCGAUGGCGGGGUCCGGCUGUGCGUGGGGCGCCGAGCCGCCGAGGUUUCUGGAGGCCUUUGGGCGGCUGUGGCAGGUACAGAGCCGCCUGGGUAGCGGCUCCUCGGCCUCGGUGUAUCGGGUGCGCUGCUGCGGCACGCCUGGCUCGCCCCCCGGCGCUCUCAAGCAGUUCCUGCCUCCGGGAACCACCGGGGCUGCGGCGUCGGCCGCGGAGUACGGUUUCCGCAAAGAGAGGGCAGCGCUGGAGCAGUUGCAGGGUCACAGAAACAUCGUGACUUUAUAUGGAGUCUUUACAAUCCACUUCUCUCCAAAUGUGCCAUCCCGCUGUCUGUUGCUUGAACUCCUGGAUGUCAGUGUUUCGGAAUUGCUUUUAUAUUCCAGUCACCAGGGUUGUUCCAUGUGGAUGAUACAGCAUUGUGCCAGGGAUGUGCUGGAAGCCCUUGCUUUUCUUCACCAUGAGGGUUAUGUCCAUGCAGACCUCAAACCAAGAAACAUAUUGUGGAGUGCAGAGAAUGAAUGUUUUAAACUCAUUGACUUUGGACUUAGCUUCAAAGAAGGCAAUCAGGAUGUAAAGUAUAUUCAGACAGACGGGUACCGGGCUCCAGAAGCAGAAUUGCAAAAUUGCUUGGCCCAGGCUGGCCUGCAGAGUGACACGGAAUGUACCUCAGCUGUUGAUCUGUGGAGCCUAGGAAUCAUUUUACUGGAAAUGUUCUCAGGAAUGAAACUGAAACAUACAGUCAGAUCUCAGGAAUGGAAGGCAAACAGUUCUGCUAUUAUUGAUCACAUAUUUGCCAGUAAAGCAGUGGUGAAUGCUGCAAUUCCAGUCUAUCACCUAAGAGACCUUAUCAAAAGCAUGCUUCAUGAUGAUCCAAGCAGAAGGAUUCCUGCUGAAAUGGCACUGUGCAGCCCUUUCUUUAGCAUUCCUUUUGCCCCUCAUAUUGAAGAUCUGGUGAUGCUUCCUACUCCAGUGCUGAGGCUGCUCAACGUGCUGGAUGAUGAUUAUCUUGAGAAUGAAGAGGAAUAUGAAGAUGUUGUAGAAGAUGUAAAAGAGGAGUGUCAAAAAUAUGGUCCAGUGGUAUCUCUGCUUGUUCCAAAGGAGAAUCCUGGCAGAGGACAAGUCUUUGUUGAGUAUGCAAAUGCUGGUGAUUCCAAAGCUGCUCAAAAAUUACUGACUGGAAGGAUGUUUGAUGGGAAGUUUGUUGUGGCUACAUUCUACCCACUGAGUGCCUACAAGAGGGGAUAUCUGUAUCAAACCUUGCUUUAAUCAGUAACCUAAGGACUACUGUUUUUCCACUUCCAUACCUGGAUCAUUGUAUUCUACAUCUGAAUGCAGGAGUACCCUUUUACCAUUUUAAAGGGUACUUUGUACAUUUAUUUAAUCCUGCAAAUGUGCAGUCAUUGCCCUAGCAAUGUUGCAUUACAAACAUUUGGCACCAAGUAGGACAAGACCUCUCAGCUAUACAUUGAGAGGUUGUAGAGCAUCCAUGAGGGCAGCCUUGUUUUGUGCAAUAUGGCAGGUGCUGCUCUUCCGUAUGUAACCUCCAAAGAUGUUAUUAUUUCAUGUGAUCAUGAAGCAAGGAUGAAUAGUAUGUCAUAGUGAAUAUUAACAAAUUUAAGGUUGGUGGCAUCAAUUGCAGAUUAUUCCCUUUUGUUGUCAGGUGGUUCUUAUUGUUGAAAUCCAUAACUGGCACUGGAUGCUCUAGGUAAUGUUAAGUAAUUGGUAAGCAGCAGUUACCUACUGUGUUAACACUGAGUUGUGACUUUUUUUUUUUUUUAAAGAAGUACUGUAGUACCUAUAUUCCUUUAAAGAAACUGCAGUGAGCCUAUCUGCAUUUUAAAAUUGUUAUUAAGGCUUUUAAAAUAGAAAGCUGAUGCUUGAUCUUGCACAAUUUUUAUGUCUAGUAUGUUUGCUUGAGUGAGUGUGCAGGUUGAAAGAUUAGAGAAAUUUGAGUCAGUGUCCUUUAUGGUGUGACUCUUGUGAGCUGAUACAGUCUGUACCCAUCUCUUGCCUAACUUGUUUCACACCUGUAAGAAUGAAGAUACAUGUAUUUUCAGAGUUGUUGUGUCUGAUAGAAUGUAAGUGAUGAAACAGUUCAUUCCUGAGAGCCUCAGAACAAACUGGAGAAGAGACCAGGGUUACACUGAAACUCUUCAAGUGAUUGGAACAAAGAAGAGGUUUUGGUACAUGGAGAUGAUCCCAUUCUUCAGUGUGCUUUGGACCUUGCAGUGGCUCAUCUUUUUGUACUGAAUCUUCUAUGAUAAUUGUACAAUUUCUCAAGAUUUGCUUCUACCUAUCAUGAUGGAAAGUUGAGAUUUAAAAGAUUAGAGGUACAUUGAAGG